AUGGCAACAAAGUUACUUUUCUCAAGACUGCGAAGUUUUGCUUUUGAUUUGGGCGUUAAAGGGAAAAGUCCAGUAUCAUGCAGAUCAUUUUGUGCAUCAAGCUCCAUAAUUUCGCGGAAAGUCGAAGCCAAUGGCGUGAAUUUUCAUUAUGAGAUUGCAGGCAACUCCCCAGAUGUGUUACUAUGCAUUCCAGGUGCCCUUGGUUCAACCCAAUCAGACUUUGCCCCCCAGCUAAGAGAUCUUUCCAAGAAUUUCACAGUGGUAGCUUUUGACCCCAGGGGGUAUGGAAAGUCAAUUCCUCCUUGGAGAGAUUUUCCAAGUACCUUUUUUGAGAGAGAUGCGGAUGAUGCUGCAGAACUGAUGCAUAAAAUUGGUUUCAAAAAGUUCUCCAUUCUUGGUUGGAGUGAUGGUGGAAUUGUUGGUAUGAUUUUAGCAGGUGCAAGGCCAGAACUGAUCAACAAAUUGGUAGUAUGGGGCUCAAAUUCUUACGUCUCAGAAAAAGACUUUGCUGUGCUUAGCAAGGUCAAGGAUUUAUCAAAGUGGAGUGCCAAAAUGAGGGAACCUCUUGAAGCUUUGUACGGAACGGAUAAGCUUCAAGAUCUCUGGUCUUCCUGGAUGGCUGCUUUCUUCAGUUUUAAAGAAAAUGAGAACGGAAUUUGUAAAAACUCGUUGCAGAAUAUCAAAUGUCCAACUCUGAUUGUACAUGGAUCCAAAGACCCCAUUGUUCCAGAUUUUCAUCCUGUUUAUAUUCACGAAAGAAUCAAGAAUUCGCAAAUCCAUUAUUUCCCAGAAGGCAAACACAAUCUUCAUUUAAGAUUCCAUGAGGAGUUUAAUGAACUUGUUACCAAGUUUUUAUCAACUAGUGUUUAAUAAAUAAUUUACAUUGACACACCAAUGCAGUUAAAACUGUAUUUUAUUUAAAAUGCUUUGUCUAGACGAUCUUUUGUUCUCAAUUCUCGCUUCU